AUGCCAAGAAGAAGUGGAUCAUCCUCAAGAUCAAGACCAAGCCCAACCAGAAGCACAGCUACAGCUGCAAGACCAGCUCCUUAAGCUUAAGCUCCACCAUAAGCACCUGCAAGAUCAGGAGGUAUGUUUUCUGGCCUUGGAUCAACUCUGAUGACAGGAAUGGCCUUUGGUGCAGGAUCUGAAGUAGCUCAUCAAGCUAUAAGAUCUGUCAUGGGAGGAUCUGGUCAUUCUUAAUCUGUUGAUUAAUAAGCUUAAUAAGAAGCCCCAUAAUAGCAAUAAUAAGUUUGUCAAAGUGAAAGCCAAAUGUUUUCAAAUUGCUUGUAAACAAACUAGGACAUCACUAGAUGCUAACCAUAUAUGGAUAUUUUCAAAGAAUGCUAAAAGAAAUUCAAUUUAUGAUGAUUAAUUAUUGCAUUAAAUAUAUAGAACAAAGAUAAUAUCCUUAAUGUUUAA